AUGUUCCUGGCUGGCCACUCUCCCCUCCCCUCCCCUCCCCUCCCCUUCCCUUCUCCCCACAGUAUCCUAGCGGCGGUGGGCGGCAAUUUGACGGCGUUCAGCACGGGCAGGUUCCUGCUGGCGGCGGGCAUCAUCGCGUUCAUCUUCUCCUGUUCAGCCGCCUCAAAAGUCAUCCUCCCCCCCUCUCCAUCCCCCCUCCACACACACAGCAUCCUGGUAGCGGCGGACGGCAAUUUGACGGCGUUCAGCACGGGCAGGUUCCUGCUGGCGGCGGGCAUCAACGGCAUCCUAGUAGCAGCGGCGGACGGCAACCUGACGGCGUUCAGCAGUACGGGCCAGUUCCUGCUGGCGGCUCACCCUCCCUUCCUGGCGCUCCUCCUCUUCCUCCCCCAACCCCAUCUCCUUCCCACACAGCAUCCUGGCAGCGGCGGACGGCAACCUGACGGCGAUCAGCACGGGCCACAUCCUGGCAGCAGCGGACGGCAAUCUGACGGCGAUCAGCACGGGCCAGUUCUUGCUGGCGGCUCACCUUCCUCUCUCUUGUCGCCGCUCCCCUUCCCACCGUUCCCCUUUCCUUCCCCCGCUUUCAGCAUCCUGGCAGCGGCGGACGGCAAUCUGACGGCGUUCAGCACGGGCCAGUUCCUGCUGGCGGCGGGCAUCAUCGGGUUCAUCUUCUCGUUCAUCGCCCUCGUCGCAGGCAUCGCAGCCGUCGCCAGCAGCUCGCUGAGGGACAAGCAGUCGCGCAUGUACCUCUACUUCGCCGCUGAGAGCUUCCUCAACGUGUGUCUGCUCUUCGGGGCUGCCUGCACGGGCGCCAAUGUGUUCGGCGAGUCGUGCGGCUUCUUGAGCAACGCCUAUGACGCGUUCGAGUCAAGGACCAACACAUGCACCUACGCCAAGACGUCAGUCGGCUUUGCAUUCCUCGCCUCGUUCGCUUUCAUGGCCACACACUGGUACUAUGUCUUUGCAAUGAAUCGUGGCUAA